CUGAAAUAAUAAUGAAGAUUAUCCUGUAGACUACAUACUUACCCAUGAAAUCUGAUUUAAAAGGUUAGAUGGAGAGGUUUAUAGCACUUGGGGAAAUUUUGAAGACUGCCCAGCAGGACAAGUAUGCUAUGAAAACACAUCAUUAUAUCUAACAUCAAGGUGUAAACACCAAGACAGCUGCAGAAGUAUUUUAUUUGUUAAGUUUAUUUACUUUGAGAGAGCGAGAGAGCGAGUGAGAGGGUACGCGGACAUGCUUGAGCAGGGAGGGGCAGCCCAAGCUGUCAGCAAAGUGCCCGCCUUGAUCUCAUGAACUGAGUGCUCAAUCUCAUGAACCGAGUGGAAAUCAAGAACUGGACGCCCAACUGACUGAGCCCCUCAGGGACCCCUGGGUAACUAUUUUAAUCUAAGUCCAUGAAGACCUUAUUAUGUGAUCCAGCAUUGUGAGGGUUUAAACAAGGUAACACAGCAAGAUCUGCUUUAUUCUUCAAACUUAUUUGGCAAGUCAAGGCUUCUGGAGGUUUAUCAAAAUUAAUACAGUAUCCACUAUAAGAAACUAGGGGCUACUUUAAGAAAUCCAAAGCAGGUUAGAAUUAUGGCAAAGAUUAAUGGAUAUUUACAUACAAUGACUAUAAAGUUAGAGUUAAGCCUUUCUGUAUUUUAUAUCAUGGAGUUGAAUUUCUGUUAAAAUCUAUCCACAAAGAAGAGACAAGAACUUUCUGGUAAUAUUCUGUUUUAUAAUCUUGAGGUUAUGAAUAUUUAACCUUAAUGUAUUAAACUAUGUUUGUCAUAGAAGUUAAAUUUGCUUACCAUUCUUGUGAUAAUUUAUUCACUGUGACCCCACUAAGCUGGUUAUACUUAUCUUACAUAAAAGGCUGUAGAUUCUCUCAAAAUUAGGAACAACAAACUAAUUUACUUCCCUUUGAAAGAGCUAUUCUGUAGGUACAUAAGUUAAGCUACUCAGACUGAUUUCAAGAAAUCAAACGACAAUGCAUUCCACUCUAUUUGCUGUGCUGGCGGUUGUUUUAUCCCCUCGGAAACAGCAAUGUACAAAACCCAAGAUUCCGUGAUGCUUAUUUUCUAUUCUGAGCAAAAACAAACAAACAAACAAACAAACAAAAAACCUACAUAGAUACUUUCAAAUAGUGAUAAGCGUUUUGAAGAAAAGUAUACAAGGCAACCGGGUAGAGACUAACCAGCCCUUGUCCAGCCAGCGUAGUCAAGGAAAGCGUCUCUUGAGUUUGAGCUAAGAUCUGAAUGAGCAUGUCAGAGGUCAACACCGUGGUGAGUAUUGUUCCGAUCUUUCUAGAACCAGACUGACUCCUGUUCCGAUGUCUGCACAUCUCCGCUUAACCCACCUCGAACACAUUAAAGUCUUACUUUAUUACAUUACACACGGGAAUCCGAGGUUCAGAGGUAAAUAAGGCAAGUACCUGCCUUCACGUACUCUGGCUACACACUGGUGUGUUAGAGGAGAACGACGUACUGGGGCAGGGUUUGGAGAGUACUGAGUUCGGCACGUUAGCCGCUGCUUGGGCUCAUCCAAGAAGGCUCCGGAGAGAGAGGUUAAGUAGGCCACCAUCCUUCCUUCCCACCUCUCUUCCCAUUUCCAACAGCAUGGCCCACGUUUCGAGCUCAGAAAUAGAAGCAGGCAGACGCCCGAAAAGGCCCUGUCACUUCUCCCACGGUUUUCCUAGCUGUUAGGAUGCAAACCACUCAGGCGAUGACUUCCAACUAACGCGAAAAGGUACAGACGCAGAAAAAGUGAAGAGGACACCAAAACCCAGCAGCAUCCCCGCCCUGCGCACGCCGUGGCGUCACGGUCUGCGGAGGCAAGGUCUCUCGAUUCGUGCUCCGAGACUACGUCACUUCCGCUGCCUGCGCGCUCUGCGGCGCUAAAUGUUGUUACUAUUUCCGGGUCAUCCAGGCCGCCUGUGGCGGCGCAGGCGUGAGUAUUAGCAGGUGUCCGGUCUAUGGAGUCAGUUGUUGCCGGCGGCGUCGCGGAGGCAGGAGGUGGUGUCCGAAUAGGGGCCUUUGCCCCGCCAGGAUGUUACCGGGCUUGGCCGCCGCCGCUGCGGCCCACAGAUGUAGCUGGUCCUCCCUGUGCCGGCUCCGUCUGCGCUGCAGGGCGGCGGCCCACGGCUCCAGCGAGCGCCAGGAAUGGCAGAAUUUAGUGACAUUGGGAAGCUUUUCAAACGUGGUUCCCUGUAGUCACCCAUUCAUUUGUACACUGAAUCAAGUGAAGUUGUACUCUACAAAUGUUCAGAAAGGACAGGGAUCACAAAGUCUCAGCGUGGAAAAAGUGCCAUCAUUUGAUGAAACAGCAGAAAAUAUAGGUGCUGAACUCAAAGCUCCACUCAUUAAGCAAGAACCUCUCCAAGUAAGAGUCAAAGCAGUCCUUAAGAAGAGGGAAUAUGGACCAAAGUACACUCAGAAUAAUUUCAUCACUGGAGUCAGAGCAAUAAAUGAGUUCUGUCUGAAAUCCAGUGAUCUGGAACAACUUCGAAAAAUCAGACGACGAAGUCCUCAUGAAGAUACCGAGUCCUUUACCGUAUACUUGAGAUCGGAUGUGGAGGCAAAAUCUUUGGAAGUUUGGGGAAGCCCUGAAGCUCUUGCCAGAGAGAAAAAACUGCGUAAGGAAGCAGAAAUAGAAUACAGAGAAAGGCUAUUUAGAAACCAAAAAAUAUUAAGAGAAUAUAGAGACUUCCUGGGAAACACUAAGCCACGGUCCAGAACGACAUCAGUUUUUUUUAAAGGGCCAGGAAAAGUGGUGAUGGUUGCCAUUUGCAUCAAUGGAUUAAAUUGCUUCUUUAAAUUUCUUGCCUGGAUUUAUACGGGUUCCGCAAGUAUGUUCUCUGAAGCUAUACAUUCUUUAUCUGAUACUUGUAAUCAGGGUUUGCUAGCAGUGGGCAUCAGUAAGUCUGUUCAAACACCAGAUCCUACUCAUCCGUAUGGAUUUUCGAAUAUGCGCUAUAUUGCUUCACUGAUUAGUGGGGUUGGUAUUUUCAUGAUGGGUGCAGGAUUAUCUUGGUAUCAUGGAAUCAUGGGAUUGCUUAAUCCACAGCCAAUGGAAUCCCUUCUAUGGGCAUAUUGUAUUUUAGCAGGAUCAUUAGUAUCUGAAGGAGCAACACUUCUCGUUGCUGUAAAUGAACUUCGUAGGAGUGCUCGGGCCAAAGGAAUGCCAUUUUAUAAAUAUGUAAUGGAAAGUCGUGAUCCUAGUACAAAUGUUAUAUUACUGGAGGAUACCGCAGCAGUCUUGGGAGUAAUAAUAGCAGCCACGUGUAUGGGCCUUACUUCUAUAACAGGUAAUCCCCUGUAUGACAGCCUAGGUUCUUUGGGUGUGGGCACAUUACUAGGCAUAGUCUCUGCGUUCCUCAUCUACACUAACACAGAAGCACUCUUAGGGCGAUCCAUCCAGCCAGAGCAAGUACAGCGGCUGACUGAACUCCUGGAGAACGACCCAUCAGUAAGGGCAAUUCAUGAUGUUAAAGCCACAGAUCUGGGAUUAGGGAAAGUAAGAUUUAAGGCAGAAGUAGAUUUUGAUGGACGAGUUGUUACAAGAUCAUAUUUAGAAAAACAAGAUUUUGACCAAAUGAUGCAGGAAAUUCAAGAAGUGAAAACUCCUGAAGAACUAGAAACCUUUAUGCUUAAACAUGGAGAAAAUAUUAUUGAUACUUUAGGAGCUGAAGUAGACAGACUUGAGAAGGAACUGAAAAAACGAAAUCCUGAAGUUCGACAUGUAGAUUUGGAGAUAUUAUAGAUUUUAUUGAAUGAAUCUCUUUGGAGGAAAGCCUUGGAAACAAGUCCGCGAGCCUGCUCUCCUGUACUGAAGGCGUCAGGGCCAUUCAGAAGCUGUUUUUUUGAAGAUGGAGGAAGUAUUUAAUGUGAAGGGCAGUUCAGCAUCUACAGAAUGACUACUUCAUCCUUGUAAGGGACCUAUUACAAGUUGAAUCAAUUUGGAAAUCAUGUUUUUAUGUUUCAAUAGAGAACAUUUUAGUUACUUAAAUUGUUCAUAAUUUUUCAUUUUACUCUGUCAGGGUAUAUUGUAUCUUGCGAUCAUGUUUCCUUUCUUCACAUUUGUAAAAAUAAGCAUCAUCCAUAGGAUUAUGAGUUUUAAUUUUGUUACCUUUGAAGAUGUCACUCCAUCAGAACCUGCCAAUCUUGAACGUUCUGGUUAAAUUUAGUUUUUAAAUAGUCACUCUGUUUUUUCCUUACAGAAUGUGGAAAUUAUUUCUACAUGAUUCUGCCCUGAGCAUUAAGAGGAACACUCUCCUAUCCUAGUUAUCCAUAAAUGUUCAUUCCAGAAACGGCUUAGUUACUGAAUCGAAGGAGGACAUUUCAGUCCACCUUUUAGGUUGUAGUAGUUGCCAUUUUGUAAAUUUCUUAUCUCUCCUUUACUUUUUUCUUUAUUUAGUUUAAUUUUUCCAGUGUAGGAGAUACAGAAUAACCCGGGAUGUUUCCAUAGGCCAGUUUGAUGGCUGGGGUUUUUUUUUGUUUUUUAACUGGCUUCAGUGCCAUAAUGUGUAUUUACUAGGCGGUAAUGCAUUUAUAAGCAUUUUAAAAUUCUGUAAAAUGGACUAGAAAUAUUUAUAAUUUUACAGACGGGACAGCAUUUUAUUUUUAAUUUAUUUUAAAAGGCACUACUCAUGUAAAUCUGAACUGUGAGAUAUUUCUUGCUUUAAGAGAAAGAGAAGUAAAUCUCUUAUGCGGAAACUUGUGGCCAUGAUUUUGUAUAAUAUCAUAGUCAAUAGUGUGUCUGUAACAUGAGUUUCUUACAGUUAUAAAUGGGCAUUUAUCAUAAUAUAUGGUUAAAACAUUAUGUAAGUAAGUAGCUUUCUAGUGAUAAGGUACCAAGGUGAAAAAACAUACAAUUCAGUAAUGAAAAAUUUAGUGCAAAACUACAGCUGUGUCUCCAUUCAUCAAAAUAACUCAUGCACUUUAAGUUGUUCAGGGUGGUAGUGAGCAUUGUCCAUGCAAGAGUUGUAGCUGGGUGAUUCUUUGCUGGAUAAGUGGGUGGUUGAUGUAAGAACCUAACUACUUGUAUGAGGUCAGUGGCUAAAAACUUAACUUAGAUGGAAGUUUAUGAAUCACAGCAGAUUGUAAUGCUGGAAACAAAAAAUAAACAUUUGAUUAAAGGGUU